AGCAGUUAGCAGUCGUUUUGUCAGUUACUUCUUGGUAUACCAGUUAUUGUUUCUUUGUUUUAUGCAAUUUAGUUUUGUAUGUCCUACUUUGUUGAAUUGUGUUAAUGUUCACAUUUUUAUAUUAGUUCAAUUUAAUUCUCAUAGCACUUUCUUUUUCGCGACAUGGACGAUAUAAAGAAUGAUUUGAGGGCUCCAGAUGCUGAAGAACAAGUUUUGGGUGUGGCAGAUACUUCAGGAUAUUGUAACAUGAGCGCGGAAAAUGGGAUUGUGGAAGAAACAUAUUUUAAUGCCGACUGUACUAAAAAUGAAAUCUGUUUUGUUGACCCACAGGCGGAUUAUACUUUUGAAAUCUCAUCAAGCGCAACAGAUAAUAUGUCGUGCUCUGUUGAUCCUUUGUCUAGUGGUGAUAGUUGUGAAAAUGACAAAUAUUUAAUGAGAUCUUAUGCAAAUUUGCAAACCGUUGAAGGUGGAAAUUCGUCUUGGGCGAACAUAUUAAAUCCUAAUGAAGAGUUAAGUUCAAACUUUGAGCUAGCUUCAUCUGAAACCUCAAGUGACAGUUUUCACUCUAAUACUUCCGAGGGAUCAAAUUCUAAUCUUGUUCCUGAUGAGUCUGAAGACGCAAUGGAAAUCCUGGCAAGGACUCUCAAUCAAAGUAUAGAUCUUGAGAAACCUAUAAUUUGCGACGUUGAUGAAUCGCUUGACAUGUCAGAUACGGGUUCUCUGGAUGAGACUAUAAUUGAUGGGAAAUAUAUUAGCGAUACUGAGGAUGCUAAAUUAUCUGAAAUAUCAUAUGCACUUAUUAAAAAGCAUGCCGUAAAUAUUGAGAAAGGUUUAAUUAUUGAAUAUGAUGAAUCGUCGGAAACUUCCAUAUCACCACUUGUAAUCGAAACCACAUAUGUAGACCAGUCUUCGAUUAUUGAACCUAGCGAACUCCCUAAAAUAUCAGAUACACCCCUUAUGAACCGAAGUAUAGAUGUUGAAAUACCUAAAAUUACUGACUAUAAUGAAUCAAUAAAAAGGUCAGAUUCUUCCGUUUUGAAUCAAACAAUAAAUGUUGAUAGACCUAUAAUUACAGAAGAUGAUACUCCACCGGAAACACUAAAUGCACUUGCACUACAUAGAACCAUAAACGUUGAAAACAGUUUAAUAACUGAAUAUGAUGAAUCGGCAGAAAUUUCAGUUGCACCGGUGGGUGUUGGAAAGCGACUUGUUGACUAUGAUGAAUCACUUGAAAAUUCAGAUAUAUCGCUUGUAAACGAGACUAUAAAUGUUGAGAAUGCUGUAGACACAGAAUAUGGGAAACUGCCUGAAAUAUCAGACGCGCUCCCUAGAAAUCAAAUUAUAAAUGUUGAGAAUCCGAGAAUUAGUGAAUUUAAUGAUAAGUCUGAUAUAUCAAACGCACCCUUAGCGAAGACCGCCAUCACCAUAAGUAAUAAAUCAACUGAACAGACGAGCGCUUUCCUUCUGAACCGAAUUGUAAAUGUGGAAAAACCUAUAAUUGCAGAUGAUGCAUUUUUUCAAAGUCAAAAGGUAAAUGUCGAGAAUAAGUUAGUUGCUGAACAUGAUGAAUUACAUCCAAAAACCGAUACUUCUUCGCUAAACCAAACUAUAAAUUUCGAAAAACUUGCAAUUCGAGAAGAUGAUAAGGUGACUGAAAUAUCAGAUGCACUCCUGAGCCCUCCAAUGAUAAAUGUAGAGCAAAGCAUCACUACUGGAAAGUAUGAAUCGCCUGAAAAACCAGCUGCUCCCUUGAUAAAUCAAACUACAAGUGAUGGGAAUAUUUCAAUCACUAGAUAUAGUGAUUCACCUGAAAAAUCAGGUACAACUGAUCUAAACCAAACUAUAACUAUGGAUAAACGUAUAAUUAGAGACAAAGGCGAAGGAGUCAAAAUUUCAGAUUGGCUCCAUGGGAAUCAAACAAUAAAUGCUGAGAAAUUUUUAAUUCCUGAAACGGAUGAAUCGCCUGAAAAACGAGAUUCAUGUUUCAUGAACAAAACUGUACGUGCUGAAAACAUUUCAAUUAGUAUGUAUUCACCAGCGCCUACUGAUCUCAACCAAACUAUAACUAUGGAUAAACCUGAAAUUAGAAAAGAUGAUAAAGUCGUCGAAAUUUCAGAUGGAUCCCUUGGGAAUAAUAGAAUAAAUGUCGAGAAAUGCAUUCUUCCUGAAAAAGCGGAAUCACCCGAAAAAAGAGAAGCACGCUUUAUGAACCAAACUCUACGUGUUGAAAAUAUUUCAGGUACUACAUAUAGUGAUUCACCUGAAAAACCAGUUACAACUGAUCUAAACCAAACUAUAACUAUUGAUCAACCUAUAAUUAGAGAAGAUGGUGAAGUCGUUGAAAUUUCAGACGGACUCCUUGGGAAUCAUAGAAUAAAUGCCGAGAAAUUUAUAAUUCCUGAAAAGGAUGAAUCGCCUGAAAAACGAGAUUCAUCUUUCCUGCACAAAACUGUACAUGCUGAAAACAUUUCAAUUAGUACGUAUUCACCAGCCACUACUGAUCUCAACCAAACUAUAACUAUGGAUAAACCUGUAAUUAGAGAAGACAGUAAAGUCGUCGACAUUUCAGAUGGAUCUCUUAGAGGUCAUAGAAUAAAUGUCGAGAAAUGCAUUCUUCCUGAAAAAGCGGAAUCAGCCGAAAAAAGAGAAGCACGCUUUAUGAACCAAACUCUACGUGUUGAAAAUAGUUCACUUACUACAUAUAGUGAUUCACCUGAAAAAUCAGAUACAACUGAUCUAAACCAAACUAUAACUAUGGAUAGACCUAUAAUUAGAGAAGAUGGUGAAGUCCUCGAAAUUUCAGAUGGACUCCAUGGGAAUCAAACAAUAAAUGCUGAGAAUUUUAUCAUUCCUGAAAAACGAGAUUCAUCUUUCAUGCACAAAACUGUACGUGCUGAAAAUAUUUCAAUUAGUGCAUAUUCACCAGCCACUACUGAUCUCAACCAAACUAUAACUAUGGAUAAACGUGUAAUUAGAGAAGAUGGUAAAGUCGUCGACAUUUCAGAUGGACCUCUUGGAGGUCAUAGAAUAAAUGCCGAGAAAUGCAUUCUUCCUGAAAAAGCGGAAUCACCCGAAAACAGAGAAUCGCGCUUUAUGAACCAAACUCUACGUGUUGAAAAUAUUUCACUUGCAACAUAUAGUGAUUCACCUGAAAAAUCAGAUACAACUGAUCUCAACCAAACUAUAACAAUGGAUAAACCUGUAAUUAGAGAAGAUAGUAAAGUCGUCGACAUUUCAGAUGGAUCUCUUAGAGGUCAUAGAAUAAAUGCCGACAAAUGCAUUCUUCCUGAAAAAGCGGAAUCACCCAAAAACAGAGAAUCGCGCUUUAUGAACCAAACUCUACGUGUUGAAAAUAUUUCACUUACAACAUAUAGUGAUUCACCUGAAAAAUCAGAUACAACUGAUCUAAACCAAACUAUAACUAUGGAUAAACGUAUAAUUAGAGACGAUGGCGAAGUUGUCGAAAUUUCACAUGGACUCCAUGGGAAUCAAACAAUAGAUGCUCAGAAAUUUAUAAUUUCUGAAAAUGAUGAAUCGCCUGAAAAAAGAGAUGCACGCUUAAUGAACCAAACUAUACAUGUUGAAAAUAGUUCAGUUACCACACAUAGUGAUUCACCUGAAAUAUCAGAUCCAACUGAUCUAAACCAAACUAUAACAAUGGAUAGACCUAUCAUUAUAGGAGAUGGUAAAGUCACUGAAAUUUCAGAUGAACUGGUUGGGAAUAAAACAAUAAAUGUUGAGAAACGUUUAACUCAUGAAAAGGAAGAAUCACCUGGAAAACGAGAUGCAACCGUUAUGAACCAAACUCAACAUGUUGAAAAUUUUUCAGUUACUACAUGUAAUGAUUCACCUGAAAAAUCAGUUAGUACCCCUCUAAACCAAAAAAAGAAAGACAUUUCAGAAAGUUUCCUUGGAACUGAAAUGAAAAAUGUCGAGGAAAGUAUGACUGCCGAAAAGGACGAAUCUUCCAAAAAAACAAGCGCACCCCUUAUAAAUCAAACGAUUGGAGUUCAGGACCCUUUAGUUAAUAAUUAUAAAGAUUUGCCUGAAAAAUUAACUACUACUCUACAAAGCGAAACUAUAGAUGCUGCCAAACGUAUAAUUACGGAAUAUGAUAUAAUCUCUGAAACAUCAAAUGUGUUUGUGAAUAAACCGAUUGAAAAAUCAGCUGCUCCACUAAUAAAGUCAAGCAUAGAUGCUGGAAAAUCUUUAUCCCCUUUAAGGCAAAGUGUAGUUGUUGAAAAUCCUGUGAAUACUAAAUGUAAUGGAUUGUCUGAAACCGCAGAUAAAACAUCAGAUGCGCAUCUUAUAAACCAAACACUAAAUGUUAUGAAACGGAUAAUAACUGAGCAUGAGGCAUCGUCUAAAAUAUCAGGUGUGCCUCUCCGUCUUGAAGUAGUACACAAGAAAGUUAACGAUUUACUACUGGGAAAUAAAGAUGCUUCACAGAUUAACAGUAAAAAUAUUGUCGAGCAGCUUACUAAGAAAUUCAAUGAAUUAACUAAGCAAACUGAUAUGCUCGUCAUUAAUGCGGAUAAAAUCAGAAAAAAUAUUGCUCAAGCUGACCAAACUAUACUUGUAAAUGUAUUGGACGUUGAGGCAAAAGUAGGAAAGCUUAAAAAAUGCCAAAACAUUUCAGAACAAUAUCAGCUACUAGUUUCUUCUCAAAACAGAAAGGUAGCUCUGACUAUCCACGCAUCUAAGGAAAUGGAAAAACCUCUGACGGACGCACAAGCUAGAUUGGCUAGUGCCAUGCAAAGGUAUGGAAAAGCUCAGGCCCUUAUUGAGAGCCUCAAACAGAAUGAAGAAAUAACGAAAUCAAAUAUAAAAAAUAUCGAAACUCAAUUAUCUAAUAUACGAGAGAAAUGUCAGCGUAUUGAGGACCAGUUCGAGAGCAACAAAAAGUCACAAAAUCGGCUCAGUCAAGAAAAGGAAAACUAUCAAAAUGAUAUUGCAAAGCAGCAAGCUAUGAUCAAAAGAUUAAAAAUUAAAACUUUAUCUAUGGAAGCCCUAAUCGAGCAGAAAUCCCAGGAAUGCAAAUCCAUCGCUACGUUAUGCGAAGAUAUUACUAGAAAGCAUCAGCUUGAAACAACAAGAAAGUGUAACGAGAAUUUGGAUAAUGUAUAGGAAAAUUGAAUUUUAAUUGUUGAAACGAGAAUUGCGGUUUACGAGAGAAUAAUAAUAAUUACUGUUAAUUUUUACGAGAGGUUUACUGUAAAAGUUGCAUCCACUAUUGUUGUGUUGGAAAUGCAAAUGGUAAACUUUCUAACUUAUUUUGUAAUACAGCCAUUAUUUUAG